AUGGAGGGUGCCGUCGUAGUUGUGGGGACAGAUAGGAGCGGCAGGGGUGGGGUGCGGCCGGAGCUGCCGUCGUCGGUGCCGAUGUGGUUGGUGGGCUCAGUGGCGAUGAAGUUGGUGGACUCGUUGUCGAUCAUCGACGUCGAGCGCAUGGUGGCCAAGUUUGAGGACUCGCGACUCAUCCUCUGUGGCGGCAUGGAGCGAGACAUCACGAUAUGGACCCGUAUUGGCGCCGUGGCUACAUUGAGGGGCCAUCCAGCUUCGGUCCUGUAUCUGGCUUGCGACGACGACAACUUUCAGAUCGCGGCGCCGACAUCGGCAUCUCAUCACUCCUCUUUAACCCAAAAGCUGUGGGCCGAGCCUGCCGAGCCUACCGAAUAA